AUGGCAGAAGACACAGUUGGAGCUCCUGGUGGGAUGCUAGAUAAUGGUGCAAUGGUUUGGGUCCCACAUAAUGACUAUGUGUGGAAAAAAGCAGUUGUCAUGCGACGUUUAGAUGAUGGUAAAUGUGCUCAAGUACGUCUUCAACCAAAUGAUGAUGGCGAAUGGAAUCAGGAUGAUGGCGUGGAAAAAGUCGUGAAUAUUCGCGAGAUUGCACGAUUAGCUGGUGAAGUAUCCGAUGAAGCCAUGCCUAUUUGUAAUGUCUUUGAUGCGGAUGGGGCGAAUGAUAUGUGUACAUUAAAUCAUUUACAUGAACCUGCUGUGUUAAGGAAUUUGGAAUUACGUUUUGCAAAGAAGAUUCCAUAUACGUAUACGGGAGCUAUUUGUAUUGCCGUGAACCCGUAUCAAUGGUUAGAUUUAUAUGGUCGUGAAUUAUAUCAACAAUAUCUGGAACAACCUCGCGAUUCCUUGGCACCACAUCCAUUUGCACUCUCGGCUACUUCGUAUUCAGACAUGAAACGAACACAAGUGGAUCAAAGUAUUCUAGUGAGUGGAGAGUCUGGAGCUGGAAAGACUGAGACUGUGAAGAUUAUGAUGAAUCACUUGGCUUCUAUCUCUGGAGGAGGGAAUCAUGGUACAAAGGUUAUUGACCAGGUCUUACAAUCGAAUCCACUCUUGGAAUCCUUUGGAAAUGCAAAAACCAAACGCAAUGACAAUUCCAGUCGUUUUGGUAAAUUUGCACAGUUACAGUUUGACAGCAUGGGGUUGCUCGUUGGCUGUCUAUGUGAUACAUAUUUGCUCGAGAAAAGUCGUGUUGUGGGUCAGACAGAAGGUGAACGCAAUUACCACAUUUUUUACCAAAUCUUUUGCUUGCCAGAGAAUCGGAAGAAAGAACUGAAGCUGAGUGGUGACGUGACUAGUUACAAGUACGUGACAGAGGGUGCGGACGCGGAACUUACGGGAAUCGAUGAUGUACAGUGUCUUAAGGAGACGCAGGAUGCUCUAGAUACGAUUGGUAUCUCGACUGAAGAACAGAAUGCUAUUUUUGAGAUUGUGGCAGCGAUCUUGAACCUUGGUGAAGUGGAGUUUGCGCCAAACGCCAAUGACAGCGAGAAGAGCCAUGUGAGUAACGAGGACAUUGUGGACAAUAUUGGUGCGUUACUACGUACUGAGAGCGCGGCACUUCAUUCGACGUUGUUGGAGCGCUCGAUAACGGCUGGUUCCGAGUCGUAUACAAUUCCGCUGAAUGCUGAGCAGGCAUCGGAUUUACGUGAUGCGUUGGCAAAGGGCAUGUAUACGCAAUUGUUUGACUGGUUGGUGCAUCGUAUUAAUAAGGCUAUUUGCUCCACAAACAAUGUCAAGACGCACAUUGGUCUGCUGGAUAUCUUUGGUUUUGAAAGCUUUGACCAGAACGGUUUUGAGCAACUUUGCAUUAAUUAUGCAAAUGAAAAGCUGCAGCAGAAGUUUAAUAGCGACGUCUUCAAGGAUGUCCAACAGGAAUAUGUGGAUGAAGGGAUUCCGUUAACCCUGGUGACUUUUGAGGACAACCAACCGAUCCUAGACCUCAUUGAGGGCCGAAUGGGAAUCGUCAGUAUGCUAAACGAGGAAGUGCUUCGUCCUCAGGCCACUGACAGCACAUUUGUGAGCAAGGUUUUGGACGCUUGCAGUGAUCACCCGAGUAUUGAGAAGAACAGAAUCAAUCCAUUGGAGUUCACUAUCCAUCAUUAUGCUGGUGACGUGACAUACAAUGGUACGGGCUUUUUGGAAAAGAACAAGGACACACUGCCUACGGAUAUGGUGCAGCUGCUAUCUGGUAGCCGCAAUAGUGUCAUCUCUGGCAUUUUUACGCCUGCACAGGCAAGCACGCGCAACACUCGCGGCAAGAAGGGAAAGGAAGGUCGUCAAAAAGGUUUUCUUGUUGGUAACACUAUUGCCGGUGCAUUCCGAAAGCAGUUGUCGGAGCUAAUGUUGACGAUUAACAAGACUUCAUCGCAGUACGUGCGCUGCAUCAAGCCUAACGCCAACAAGAGUGCAGUGGAGUUCAACCGUGUCAUGAUUGUGGAACAGUUACGUUGCGCGGGUGUGAUUGCUGCUAUUCGCAUCAGUCGUGCGGCCUUUCCCAAUCGUUUGCCGCUUGUCGAGUUCCAGCAGCGCUUCCAGAUUAUUUGCCCGUCGGCGAUGCGCGAUGCGGAACCUUGUGACAUGGUUGCUGGUUUGCUCAAGGAAUUGGUUCCCGACAUUGCUACUACAAUGCAGAACACCAAAUUUGCCGUGGGUAAGACAAAGGUUUACUUCAGCUCGGGUCUGCUGCAAAGACUGGAAGAUCGCCGAAACGUGAUUCUUAAAGACCACGCGAUUCUUCUUCAAAAGACGCUGCACGGUUACGUGUAUCGCAAGCGCUUUCUGCGUCAACGUACUGCAGUGAUAGAGAUUCAGUCCAUUACUCGCAGUGGUUUUCAGGCGAAGCGCUACCGGACGCUGCGCGCUGGCAUUAUUAAGCUGCAGUCUUUGGAGCGUGGCCGCAAGCAGCGUUUUCUGUUUGUACUUCUCGUUGAGCGUGUUCGGAAGGAGCGCGAGCGGGCGCAGGAACGCCUGCGCAAGAUUGCUCAGCAGGAGGCGACGGAGCGCAUGCUGCAGAAGGAGAUGGAGGAGCGUGAUCACAGCGACCCCCAACCGGAGCCUGUGGAAGAUGAUUGGAGUGACGAGAGUGACAAGGAGGAGGAGGAAGAAGAAGUUAUGGACGGAGUGGGCGGUCCUGUAUCUCCGCGUACGCUCCGUGCUCUCACGGAGGCGGCCUCUAAGGUUGCCGAGGCGGAAUCUGCAGCUCGAGAUGCUAAGUCGGCUGCCGAGUCUGCUUUGGAGUUAAACCGUGAAUUGAUAUCUCAGAACGAUCGCUUGCGUUCUACUUUGUCGUCUAAUGUAGCCGAGUACGCUGACGCCGAGCUACUGCGUGAGAAUGAGCGUCUGAAGCAGCAGGUCUUGCAGCUCCAGACGAAGCUAGUGCGUUCUCAGGAGGUGUCUCUUAUUUCUGCUAAGGUAGUAGACAGCCGAAUCACGUAUCGCGAAGGUCGACAAUUUGUCGAGUACAAGCUGCAAAUUGAGACCAACACGCGCGGUACGCUGUACGUGUGGCACCGGUACAGCACCUUCCGUAAUCUAGCAGCCACAUUGCAGACGAAGAACGGCUACAAACGCAAGGAGAUCCCGGAGCUGCCGAACAAGCAACUUUUUGGCAAUUUUUCAGAAAAGAUUAUCCAAGACCGUGUGGCAAAGCUGAACCAGUUUCUCGAAGCUGCCACCAACGCUGAGUACCUCCAGUGGGGCAUUCGUGUGGACCAAGAUACGUGCGUGUACAAGCGCCGUGUGAAGAGCGCUUCACGAGAGAGCAUUUCCACAGCUAGUAUGCACUCGUCGUCGCCACGUUCGUCAUCACGGUUGUCGAUGAAGUCAUUCAGCUUCCGUCGCGGCAGCACAUCUGGAAAUUAG